AAAUAGCAAAAUCAAAAUUAUUAAGUGAUAAUUUAGUGUAAAUAUUCGCGCGUGCUUAUAAUUAAAUUUCAAUAAAUCUUAAUUAACGUAAACCAGCCGGGUAGCUAGAUUACGUAUACAUAUGCGUAGUGAGAUCUGCGAUAUCUUGUCGUGAAAUUGCAUUGCGAAUUCCAAACGCGCUGGCUGUUGGUUAAUAAAGUCUAAAACAAUUGACGCGAACGAGUAACAAAUCAGCAGCGAGCCAAGAUGCAAAACAAUCCCAGUCCACAUUUGCCCUGCAAGGGCAUUUUAAAGACCUCACGGAGCUUCGACAAGUCGGGUGCCAGUUUUCGUAAAAGUGCCAAGUUUGAUGAGCUUAAUGUGCUGCAAACAUUUCAUCCAGCCGACAAGGACUACGGACAUAUGAAAAUCGAUGAGCCAAAAACGCCUUAUAACUACACUGAACCCUUUACCGAAAACAGAGAUGAGUUGGAUACCGAGCUGCUGGUGGAGAAAUUACGGAUUGCGGCUACCACACAACAGUCUUCCCAAAGCAUUGAUGAGGAUUCUUCCGGCGAUGAGCAACGCAUAAGCGAAGAUGAGCGACAACGACGUCGUGAAUUCGAGCGGCGUCGCAAGGCGCACUAUCGUGAAUUUGAAGCUGUGAAAUUAGCGCGAAAGCUUAUAGAGGAGGAGGACGACGAUGAUGAGGCUCCAGCUGCGUCUGGAUCAGCAAAGGAUGGCGCCUCCAGUUCCACCAGCGGCUCGGCAAAACAGUCGAGUCCGAAAGCACCAACAUCCGCGUCUACCAGCAAGAGCAAUAUGGAUUAGAACUAAAAGCAAUAUCAAAAUGUGAACUCAAUACACAAUAUUGUAGUCAGUGUAAACUGAAGUUGUUGUUGAUGUUUCAAUUCUGCUCGAAAGCGGCUAAGCUAAAACUUAAUUUAUUGCUACCAAUUGCUGACGUGAUGAAUUGAAUUUACAGUUACGAUUAACUAUAGUCUCGUCUAUAUAUGAACAUAUAUAUAUAUAUAUAU